AUGCUGCUCUGUGUAUCAGAAAAUCAGACUAUGUUUUCAGGUUACACUUAUUAUUUUGUUGCAGUUAAAGUAUCAGAGAAUUUGGAACGAUUAGAAAAGGAGAACAAAGAAUUGAGAAAAUUAGUAUUGCAGAAAGAUGACAAAGGCAUUCAUCAUAGAAAGCUUAAGAAAUCUUUGAUUGACAUGUAUUCUGAAGUUCUUGAUGUUCUCUCUGAUUAUGAUGCCAGUUAUAAUACACAAGAUCAUCUGCCACGGGUUGUUGUGGUUGGAGAUCAGAGUGCUGGAAAGACUAGUGUGUUGGAAAUGAUUGCCCAAGCUCGAAUAUUCCCGAGAGGAUCUGGGGAGAUGAUGACACGUUCGCCAGUUGAGGUGACUCUCAGUGAAGGUCCUCACCAUGUGGCCCUAUUUAAAGAUAGUUCUCGGGAGUUUGAUCUUACCAAAGAAGAAGAUCUUGCAGCAUUAAGACAUGAAAUAGAACUUCGAAUGAGGAAAAAUGUGAAAGAAGGCUGUACCGUUAGCCCUGAGACCAUAUCCUUAAAUGUAAAAGGCCCUGGACUACAGAGGAUGGUGCUUGUUGACUUACCAGGUGUGAUUAAUACUGUGACAUCAGGCAUGGCUCCUGACACAAAGGAAACUAUUUUCAGUAUCAGCAAAGCUUACAUGCAGAAUCCUAAUGCCAUCAUACUAUGUAUUCAAGAUGGAUCUGUGGAUGCUGAAUGCAGUAUUGUUACAGACUUGGUCAGUCAAAUGGACCCUCAUGGAAGGAGAACCAUAUUCGUUUUGACUAAAGUAGACCUGGCAGAGAAAAAUGUAGCCAGUCCAAGCAGGAUUCAGCAGAUAAUUGAAGGAAAGCUCUUCCCAAUGAAAGCUUUAGGUUAUUUUGCUGUUGUAACAGGAAAAGGGAACAGCUCUGAAAGCAUUGAAGCUAUAAGAGAAUAUGAAGAAGAGUUUUUUCAGAAUUCAAAGCUCCUGAAGACAAGCAUGCUAAAGGCACACCAAGUGACUACAAGAAAUUUAAGCCUUGCAGUAUCAGACUGCUUUUGGAAAAUGGUACGAGAGUCCGUUGAACAACAGGCUGAUAGUUUCAAAGCAACACGUUUUAACCUUGAAACUGAAUGGAAGAAUAACUAUCCUCGCCUGCGGGAACUUGACCGGAAUGAACUAUUUGAAAAAGCUAAAAAUGAAAUCCUUGAUGAAGUUAUCAGUCUGAGCCAGGUUACACCAAAACAUUGGGAGGAAAUCCUUCAACAAUCUCUGUGGGAGAGAGUAUCAACUCAUGUGAUUGAAAACAUCUACCUUCCAGCUGCACAGACCAUGAAUUCAGGAAUUUUUAAUACCACAGUGGAUAUCAAGCUUAAACAGUGGACUGAUAAACAGCUUCCUAAUAAAGCAGUAGAGGUUGCUUGGGAGACCCUACAAGAAGAAUUUUCCCGCUUCAUGACAGAACCCAAAGGGAAAGAGCAUGAUGACAUAUUUGAUAAACUUAAAGAGGGCGUUAAGGAAGAAAGUAUUAAAUGACACAAGUGGAAUGACUUUGCGGAGGACAGCUUGAGAGUUAUUCAACACAAUGCUUUGGAAGAACGAUCCAUAUCUGAUAAACAGCAGUGGGAUGCAGCUAUUUAUUUUAUGGAAGAGGCUCUGCAGGCUCGUCUCAAAGAUACUGAAAAUGCAAUUGAAAACAUGGUGGGUCCAGACUGGAAAAAGAGGUGGUUAUACUGGAAGAAUCGGACCCAAGAACAGUGUGUUCACAACGAAACCAAUAAUGAAUUGGAGAAGAUGUUGAAAUGUAAUGAGGAGCACCCAGCUUAUCUUGCAAGUGAUGAAAUAACCACAGUUCGGAAGAACGUUGAAUCCCGAGGAGUAGAAGUAGAUCCAAACAUGAUCAAGGAUACUUGGCAUCAAGUUUAUAGAAGACAUUUUUUAAAAACAGCCCUAAACCAUUGUAACCUUUGUCGAAGAGGUUUUUAUUACUACCAAAGGCAUUUCGUAGAUUCUGAGGUAAGGUUUCCAAAAACAAAGAGAAAUAUUUUUAGGCAACAGUUGUUAAAAUAUGCUUAAAAGUAAACUUUAGCUUAAGCAUUAAUUUUAAAUCCUUUGAUCAUCUGGGGAAAAAAAGUGUGUGUAAUUUAUAAAGAAUAAUCUAACUAACUCUUAUCUUUUC